CUCCAGGCCUGCUGGCUGGGGACUCCGCCAUUUUGGGCGCUUCGCGGAUGGUGUUGGGGAGCGCGCUUCGUGCCUGAGCGCAGCCAGCGGCGGGGCCGGCCAGCCACCCUCUGGGACCAGCGUGAAGCAGCAGAGAAGGCGCGUCCCCUCGGCCCAGCGUCCUGGUUCUGCGAUGAAGGCAGUUGAACCCUGUGUCCCUGUGUCUUCGCCCCUGCUAAUCUGCUAAUGCAGUAAAUUGGAAGAUUGCUGUUCCCAGGAUCCCCUGUAAUGGGCAAGGAGCCACCGAGAAGAACAUUUUUCUUUUAAUUUUUAAGCUUUGGUUUGAAAGACCAGCAUGUUUUGGAAAUUUGAUCUUCACUCAUCAUCCCACAUAGACACACUUCUAGAGAGAGAAGAUGUAACAUUGAAGGAAUUAAUGGAUGAGGAAGAUGUUUUGCAAGAAUGUAAAGCUCAGAAUCGCAAACUUAUUGAGUUUCUGUUAAAAGCAGAAUGCCUUGAAGAUUUAGUCUCAUUCAUUAUAGAAGAACCACCUCAAGAUAUGGAUGAAAAAAUCAGAUACAAGUAUCCAAAUAUAGCUUGUGAAUUACUCACUUCUGAUGUCUCUCAGAUGAAUGAUAGAUUGGGAGAAGAUGAAUCUUUGCUAAUGAAACUGUAUAGCUUCCUCCUAAAUGAUUCCCCUUUGAAUCCAUUACUUGCCAGUUUCUUCAGCAAGGUGCUAAGUAUUCUUAUUAGCCGAAAACCAGAACAGAUUGUGGAUUUCUUAAAGAAGAAGCAUGAUUUUGUAGACCUUAUCAUAAAACACAUAGGAACUUCUGCUAUCAUGGAUUUAUUGCUCAGGCUACUGACUUGUAUUGAACCUCCACAGCCCAGGCAAGAUGUGUUAAAUUGGUUAAAUGAGGAGAAAAUUAUCCAGAGGCUUGUGGGAAUAGUUCAUCCAUCUCAAGAAGAAGACCGGCAUUCUAAUGCCUCACAGUCACUCUGUGAAAUUAUCCGCCUCAGCAGAGACCAGAUGUUGCAAGUCCAGAACAGCUCAGAACCGGACCCCCUGCUCGCCACUCUAGAGAAGCAAGAGAUUAUUGAGCAGCUUCUAUCAAAUAUUUUCCACAAGGAAAAGAACGAGUCGGCGAUCGUCAGUGCGAUCCAGAUACUGCUGACUUUGCUGGAGACGCGACGGCCAACAUUUGAAGGCCAUAUAGAAAUCUGCCCACCAGGCAUGAGUCAUUCGGCAUAUUCAGUCAACAAAAGUGUUUUAGAAGCUAUAAGAGGAAGACUUUCAGCUUUCCAUGAACUCCUGCUUGAGCCUCCCAAGAAAAGUGUUAUGAAGACAACAUGGGGUGUGUUGGACCCUCCUGUGGGGAACACUCGCUUAAAUGUGAUCCGACUGAUCUCGAGCCUCUUACAAACCAACACAAACAGUGUCAAUGUGGACCUCAUGGAACUCAACAGCAUUGGCGUGAUCCUGGAUAUGUUCUUCAAAUAUACAUGGAAUAACUUUUUACAUACUCAAGUAGAAAUCUGUAUUGCCUUGAUUCUUGCAAGCCCUUUUGAAAGCCCAGAAAAUGGCACUGUUACUGAUCAAGAUUCCACUGGUGACAAUCUUUUACUGAGACACCUGUUUCUUAAGUGCCAGUUAGUGGAACGAAUACUUGAAGCCUGGGAAAUGAAUGAGAAGAAACAGGCCGAAGGAGGCCGACGCCAUGGUUACAUGGGCCACUUAACGAGGAUCGCCAACUGCAUCGUGCACAGCACGGACAAGGGGCCAAACAGCACGUUAGUGCAGCAGCUGAUUAAAGAGCUUCCGGACGACGUCAGGGAACGUUGGGAGACCUUCUGCAGCAGCUCUCUGGGGGAGACGAACAAGCGCAACACGGUAGACCUGGUUACAACCUGCCAUAUUCAUUCAUCCAGUGAUGAUGAAAUUGACUUUAAAGAAACGGGGUUCUCGCAGGAUUCUUCUUUACAGCAAGCCUUUUCUGAUUAUCAGAUGCAACAAAUGACGUCCAAUUUUAUUGACCAGUUUGGCUUCAAUGAUGAGAAGUUUGCAGAUCAAGAUGACAUUGGCAAUGUUUCUUUUGAUCGGGUGUCAGACAUCAACUUUACCCUCAAUACAAAUGAAAGUGGGAAUAUUGCCUUGUUUGAAGCGUGUUGUAAAGAGAGGAUACAGCAGUUUGAUGAUGGAGGCUCUGAUGAGGAAGAUAUUUGGGAAGAGAAACACAUCGCCUUCACUCCAGAAUCCCAGAGACGCUCCAGCUCAGGGAGCACAGACAGUGAAGAAAGUACAGACUCUGAGGAGGAAGAUGGAGCAAAACAUGAUUUAUUUGACUCCAACAAUGCUAACCCAGAGGACAAAAUGGAAGUGGAUCUGAACGAACCACCCAACUGGUCAGCCAACUUUGAUGUGCCCAUGGAGACGGCUCACGGGGCCAGCCUCGAUUCAGUGGGCUCGGACGUCUGGAAUACGGAAGAACCCAUGCCAACUAAAGAGACCGGCUGGGCUUCCUUCUCCGAGUUCACGUCCCCAUUGAGUACAAAGGAUACUUUAAGGAGUAAUUCUCCAGUAGAAAUGGAAACCAACGCUGAACCAGUGGACCCCUUAACUACCAAUGCUGUUUCACUGGCAGCACCCCCGGAGGCCCCAGGCAGCGUGGCCAUGGAAGCGACGUCUGACGGCGAAGAAGAUGCCGAGAAUACGGACAAGGUGACCGAGACCGUGAUGAACGGCAGCAUGAAGGAGACGCUCAGCCUUACGGUAGAUGCUAAAACUGAAACUGCCGUCUUCAAAAGAGUGUUGAAAUCCUAUCGCGAAGAAGGGAAACUGUCUACCUCUCAAGAUGCUUCUUGUAAAUAUGUGGUGGAGGAGAGGACAGACAGCGGGGACGCCAGUCCUGCUGCUCCCCAGCCGGCGGGCCUGAGCCCGAGCAGAGGUAAGGGGGCCCCGGGGAAGCCGGCCGGCUCUGGCCUCCCUUCUGAGACUUGGGAGCUCCCUUGGGGGCCACACCAGCCCCUACCCACCCUGGCUUUGGCAGCAAAGCCCGGUUCCCAGCUCGUGUGAGAGGGAGAGUUGGCGAACGUUAAUUGUCGAUCCCCAGUGGGCCCCUGAGGACGCCAAGGAAGAGAAAGGAGGCCCUGCCCUGCUGGGGCCUGGUGGGGCCGGGAGCCUGCCCCAGCCAGGAGGAAACCACCUAGAGAAAAGCUCACAGGGAAAGGAUCCCCAAGUCAGGGAGUGCCAGGGAUUGCUGCCCCCUCCUCCCCCCAUAUACUUAAAUUGGGGAGGUUUCAUUUUUAGUGAUUCCAUUUUAACUUCCAUAGAUGCCAUGAUCAGGAACAGACACCAGGGGGCGUCCCAAGUCCAGGGACUUUUCUGCCAAAUCCGCCUCCACCCUCCUCCCCUCCCCUCCCAUUUCCCAUAAGGAGGGAUUUCACCCCAAGAGGAGUUUUUAGGGAUGUGUGGAGGAAAUAUUUAUGGAAAUGGCUGGUUUAAUUUAGAAGGGACAGCCUGUCUUCUCAUCAGUAGGGGACUUUGGUGGAAAACCAGAAGGGAGGGCCACAACUCGCCCCCACCCCCCAGGCUGGCUCUUUGCCUUGAGGGCUUUCUUGGCCCAGGCUAGAGAUGCUUCCCUGCAGUUGGAGGCCCUUGAUCUCCCCCUCCAGAGGCUGCCUUGUCUCCUCAUCCCCAUGUGCUUUUAGCCGGCUCCCUCCCUCUGGCCGGACGCCACCACAGGGCGUUGACUUUGUGAGACUGGACACUCGGGCUCCUAUUUUCCAGCCAUUCAUUCAGGGCCCACAUAUGGGAAGCAGCCUCUGCAGUCAGGGACAGGACCUGCUCCCAGCCUUGGCUGGCACCCCUGGGUGGUGGCGAGAACAGGAUCCGGACUUAGAGGGAGCUUUCCCACCCACCAAACGCUUUACCUGUGUUGUCUCAUCAACCACAGGUGAAAGAGGUGCUUUUAUUCUCCCUGCUUUCCAGAUGGAGUCUCACAAGCUCCCACCAGGUGUCAGUCCAUUGCUCUGUCCAGUCUCCUGCAUCACCCCAAGUCCUUUGGGAGCUACUCUGUUCUGACCAUGGAGUUGUUGCCAGAGCUGUUAGAAUGACGACAUUUCUCCCCCUCCCUUAGACUGGUUGCCAGGAGGUUAGGGUCUGGUCUCUUCCACCAUCCCCCAGGUGAACUUCAUGUCCGUGUCCCUAGUGGUGGCAGGAGGUACCUAUGAGAGCCCUUCCCCAAUUUCAGUGGCCAGGCCUAGCUCUAGGCUCUCGUGUGCGGACCCUGUGGUCCCAAAGGCACCCAGCUGAGCAGUGGCUCCCUCAGUGUGCUUUUGGGCUGGAACGGGGCCGCUCUCGUCCCCGUGGCAGGAAGGGUCCCUCCUUUCUUCCCUGACGCCUCCUUGAGGCGGCCUUUUGCUUGUGGCCCUGGGGGGUGGGUGGAGGGUGGUCUUCACUGAGGGGCCCUCCUCCCUCCCAAGCCUCAGGUCUGAUCAGAGGGGCUGGGCUGCCAGCAGCAGUUCCUCCUCCCGACUCUCCAUCAGGGAUCCUGGUCCUCCUUGGUCUCCAGAAGGGACCCCUCUCAGGGUGAAGCCAAGCAGAACGCCAUAGCGGACUUAAAGUAUCUGGUUAGCCCCCGUGUGCAGUGAGAUGGACCGUCGGUACCCAAGACAGGUUCACCUGGAGACGAGGCGAUCCGGCAAUCCGAGCCUUCUAGCAGCUUCCCCCUGGUGGGGGCUCGCCUGAGUUAGGGGGCCUUCCUCUUCCUGUUCUUGUCUUCCUGAGCCCGGCCCCCAUCUGCUGCUGCUGUUGUCUGUUGUCAGUGGUUCCGCUCGGCUCGGUGGGUCCCUUCAAAUGCCCUGAACGUCUUUCUUUUGGUUCUUUAGGCCUGAUCAGCCGAGCCUUUUAGGAGAGACCUCUGUUAACGGCCCUGUAUGAUAUGUAAUGUCUCCUGCUGUUGACUGAGGACUACAGACUGAUAGCCAUGGGUUAAAAAACGCUGUUUCUUGAGGAUUUCAUCCAGAGCCUGUCCAAGCCAGUCACUGCUGCACUAACUUUGCAAGGGAUCAGGACCAGCAACGUUUAUAUUCUAGAUUUUAAGACAUUGUACAGAGAAAUUCAGAAGUGUAAAAAUCUUGCACAUUGACAAAUACCAAGCAUUUUUGCCUAUGUUUAUAUUGUAUUGUUAUGAAUGGUGGGUGGCCUGUGGAGGAAGACCUUGCCCCCCUUGUAAUAAUAGUAGAGAUACUAGACUUCAGAUGGCUGUAAGAUUAGUUUUAUAAAAGUGAAUACACAGAUCUAUUGUAUUGGAGACAUAACUAUUUGACAAUUAGUGUGACCAAAGUCCUUAGGCCGUUUUCAUACAUUUUUUCACCUUGUACAAAAUUCUGAGCUCAUUUUUCUUCCAGGUUGGCAAGACGUUGUAGGAUUGAAAUGCCCUCUAAGGGUUAUUUUGGUUGUUCUGACUCUCAAAAGUGAUUUUAAAUAAGAAAUUUUGGGUGUUCUUUUUAUAACCGGUUUUUAAUUGGUAACUGUUUUCUGUAUUGUUUAAAACAGAUCAAAAUGUAAGUCUAUUGGUAGAGAUUUUAAGUAUUUAUUGCUACAUCUUAGUUGACAAAUUGAUGUUACUGUAAAGCCAUAUGUUCUGUUCAGUCUUGUUUGCUUGAAAUGAUUCCUCACGCCGGUGAAACACUAGGUUCUUUGGAGUGGAUAUGGCUUGUGGUUUGGGCUUUGGGGCUUGAUUCUUUAGUUUUCGGUAGUCCACCUGCCUUUUAACCCAUUCGUUCACCAGAUUGUACCUUGUUAGCCAAGCAUUACAAAUGAACGUUUCAGAACAAUCUGCAUAUUUAUAAAACUCUACUCGGAUCAGGCAAGUCACAGGAGUCAGUGCACGCACUGCUAAUAGAAUUAGCAUGCGUUCUCUCUUUUUUUUUUCCCUUGGGCAUAGCAUUUUCAAAGUACAAAUCAAAAUUGGGCACCUGAGCAUGUUAAUUGUUUUCCUGUACCUUGUGAAGUUUUCACUCGUAAAUUCUAAGCCAGUGUAUUUUUUUAGACCUGGUUUGUGUAUAUAUAGUGAUUAUGGAUACUAAUUCAUUGUAAUUUAUAAUUUUCUAUGUCAGUAUAAAAAUCCAGCCACCUUCUCCAACAGCAGAAGCGAUGGGCCGCAUGUCGCCGUGUUGUCCGUCUGGUGAAGGGGUCACUCUUGGGUUACCUCUUGCACUUUUAGAUGCAAAUCAGUUUUUCAUUUCUGUAAUAGAAAGUUCUUCACCUAUUUUUAUGUCAUUUGUUUUUUUCCUGACCAGUAUUUAAAACCAAAAGGAUACUCUGAACGAUGGCCAACGAUUUUUUAGAAAUAGCCUCCCAAGCAGCGUGCCUAAACAUUACAUUACAUACGGAAAUAAAAAAAAAAAAAAAUCAAACGUAUGAUGAAUUAUGGCUUAUUCCUUUUUCCAUCUCCAGUGGUAUAGAAACAACCCAGGCCGCCCAUUCUACACACGGUGGGAGUCAAGUCCAGGAGCUCCGAUCCUAGGCGGGGGGGUGGCCAAGUCUCCCUCCUCACUGCCCCUGCCCAGGACGGACUUGAGCGUCCCUUUCAGAAACGAUAGUUCCCUGGGGGCCAUCUUUGCACUUUGAAGACGCUGGGGUAACGGGGAGGGGACGGGACGGGGGUCUGUACCUCCCUUGGCUGGCUGGAAGCUGACCCAGGCCCCUCUGGGACCCAGAGGCCACUUGUCCACUUCCUCGAGAGGCCGUCAGGGCUCCCCUUGCCCUCUGCACGUGCCCUCACGCGGCUGACUUUGGGGGUUCCCCGCUUAGUGGAGGGUGAAGCAGGAGGAGGAGAGCUGCCCUCAGAAGGAGCUUUCACCCCCUCAUUUGGCGUGUUCUCUCUUUAAAUGACUGUGUAUUAUCUGUUCUGGACGUUCUGAAUCAUGAGACUGAAGUUAUAGAAAAUACUUAUAUUAAAGAAAAUAAAGCCUCCUUAUUCUAA